AUGGCAAUGUCUAGCAGCACGCCUUUGCGAAGGCUGGAUACUUCGCGUGUCUUGCUUACACCUCUAACUGUACAACAACAGGUUGCUAAUGACGAUGAAGCCGAGAGAAGGAAUCGGCGAUCAGAGGUUUUGCUGAACGAUACCGCAAGCUCCAUAGAAGAUAAUGAAAACAUCAAGAUGUGUCUGAAGCUGUACUCGGAAAACAAAAUGAGUAAAGAAAAUGUCUGGUCGCUCACGAUCAUUGACAGCUUCGCCACGCUCAUGUCGCGGCAUUCGAAGACUCUGCAAAACUUUCAGGUAGCCGGAUCAACUCUAGAAGCUUCGACAAAGGUUUACGGGUUGCGCGUGGAUUCUGUUCACACGGACGUGAUGCGCAUGUGCUCAGAACUUACGCGUCAAACGGCUCGUGCCAUGAACAAUAAUCCACCCGACCAAGACGAGGAUGCGCACGAUCAGACGGGUAACGAUUCAAUGGUGGGUGCAGAUCAUGAGACGAACAAGGAAAAUAACCAGAACAAGGAACAGGCUAAAACGAAGAAAAAGCGUACACGUAAGGUGGUCAGCACGGUAACAAAAGUGAAAGAGUCGCUUAACGCAUCGUUAGAUACGAACCCGUUCAUGGAUCCGUUUUUCGCUAAGCUUAACUCGGUCGUGGGCGAUGUUAACAGCUCGAGCCGGUUGAUGCAGAAUAUUGUACCGACAAAAAAUGCCGAGCUUCGGUUGGCCAUGGACUACCCAUUCUGGGACUCGUCAGAGUCACCCGACCUCGAUUUAGAUGCGCCGAUGGAAACGUAUGACAAUACGCAAUGUUGCACGCUUCGCGUUCUUCCCACCGGUCCCGAUAACGUUCUGCACACGUUGCGCUCCGGUUACUUGAUAACAGACGCCCCUGCCGAGGACGACGAAGACGAUGAGGAGCCUCGUGGAAACAGGACACUUUUGGAUCCGCAUCUGGACGACGUGGAGGCGCGCGAACACGCCAGCGCGUUGAUGAAUCGAUCCGCAUUGGAUGUGCACUUUGACAUCAACGCCGAAGUGGAACCGGUACCCAGCGCGGACGCUUUCAUACUCGAUUAUGACGCCCAGGACAUCGAUGGGAAUGACGACUUUGCUGAGGAUGACGUGAUGGCGCUCGAACAGUGCAAGGGCCUGAGGCGCAAAACAGUCAUGAUCGAGGAUAUGCGACCGGUGGACACCACGAGUUCGCCGCUGGAAUACUCCUACCGGCCACUCGACAACAUUUCGCAGUUUUGGGCUGGGCCGGCGCACUGGAAGUUUAAACGAUCGAUGCGGCCACGCAUGGCGAUAAGCAUCACCGAUGCUACUUCCAGCAACACAGCAUCCGCGAUAGAGCGUCCUAGACGUCGUAGGAAACGAUUCGAGCUGGAAACGCUAGAUGACAUUCUCAGUGUGUCUGAGAGCAUGUUUCUUGAAUACAAUCCUAGCCGACCGAUCAAGGGCAUAACGCAUCUGAAAAGUUUGAUUUGUAAAAAGUGGGAAACAAAAAAGCUCAAACUGCCGACCGAUUACAAUAUCGACCCGAAACGUUUCGAGGUUUUCAAGUACGCAAAGGGAAUAAACGUGCCUGAUCCUAAAGACAUGGAAGCGACGAAUCACGCCCCAUCCGAAGAAUACAACUGCGAUACCGGUGAUGAUCAGACUUCGUUCAGCAAUGACAUCAACGAUGGAGGAGAUAAUGAUAUGAUGAUGCACGAGGAUGACGUAUUUCAACCCACAGCAGAUGAAAAUGUGCACCUGGAUCCUGCGGACAAGGACAAGACACUGAACAACUCGCUACAAAUCGAAUCGAUCUCCAACGAGUACAUGGGAGCACCGAACAAGGUGAACAAAAUCAACAUAGCGUACGCCAAGACGGCUAAGGUGAUCGACAUGAAGCAGCUGAAGUACAAUUGCUGGCGAGUGAUUAGUGCGCAUGUAAAGGCCGAUGAAGGACCACGGCCGUCGCAGACCACCGACUCUCAACCGGACGUCACGCUGCCUCCACUGACGCAACCCGACGAAGCAAAGGUCACCUUUACCGCUCUUUACCGGAAGGUGCCGCAAUUGCUGAGCAAGACGAUGCGUGAAAACAUCUCGAAAUCUCUCGCUUUUUACGCCGUGCUGCAUCUGGCAAACGAAAAGUCUCUUCUGCUUGAGCGGCAAGAUGACUUGAAAGAUUUUAUGAUAAGGAAAGCGGAAGAAUAG